CCUUCCUUCCAGGUUGGUUCAGCCCCUGUCUACUCCGGGGUGGUGCUUAGCCGGCGCCAGACCGACCCUCGACUUCGGAGGGGCAGUGCGGUCCCUCUGGGCGCUUCCUCCCAGGCUUCUUCGGCUUCUUCAGCCUCAUCGGCCUCCUUACCCUCGGCUGGGACCCAAGAUUUCAGUGUAUGCCCCAACCCUGACCCCGCUCGAGAUAUGUCUACCCCGGCUCGGCGGCGUCUCAUGCGGGACUUCAAGAGGUUACAGGAGGAUCCUCCUGCUGGAGUCAGUGGGGCUCCGUCUGAGAACAACAUAAUGGUUUGGAACGCGGUCAUUUUCGGGCCCGAAGGGACCCCAUUUGAGGAUGGAACAUUUAAGCUUAUAAUAGAAUUCACUGAGGAAUAUCCAAAUAAACCACCUACGGUUAGAUUUGUCUCUAAGAUGUUUCAUCCAAAUGUCUAUGCAGAUGGUAGUAUAUGUCUGGACAUACUUCAGAACCGCUGGAGUCCAACUUAUGAUGUGUCUUCCAUUUUAACAUCAAUACAGUCUCUAUUGGAUGAGCCCAAUCCCAAUAGUCCAGCAAACAGCCAGGCUGCUCAGCUGUAUCAAGAGAACAAGCGGGAAUAUGAGAAACGUGUUUCUGCGAUAGUAGAACAGAGCUGGCGUGAUUGUUGACUUGGGUGCAGCAAAUGAAGAGGCUGGGCAUAUGAAAACUAUAUAUUGAUGUGUUUGUCACCUUCUUAUUCUUGUGUCAUCACAUUUACUUCAUUAAAAGCAAAAUAGUUAU